AAUAUUUUUAAAAUUUAGAGUGAAUCAAAAUAACAAGAAAGUAUGACCGUAAGUAAAGUCUUACUGCAAACAAAAAAAGAGGUUAAAAAAAGACACUAAAAUUAUAAACGAUUUAACAGCUUCGAAAAAAUUCAUUGGUUGAGUUAAAAUGGAGAAGUACCAAGAAGAUUUGUUGCACCGUCAUUCGUUAGACAUGCUAACUAAUCUAGACGUCGACAAAAUAUUAAUGGCUCUCCGCGUGCGUGAAUUAAUAGUAGAACAUGAUAUGAAGCUAAUACACGAUAUGAAAGCGCCAGAAAAAUGGCGUCAGAUCAUCAACUUGUUGAAAAGAUUGAGAAGUGCUGAUGCAUUUUGGGUAUUCUGUCAUGAGAUACGCAGCCAAUCAAACGAGUUGUUUUGCGCAUUGCAUCAAAACCAGGGCGGAAAUUCCGAUACAUGCUGUCCGGAAUGUAAAAACGAUGAAAUGGGUUCUAAUAAAAUAAUAAUUAACGCAGAGCUAAUUAUGAAGUUAUCAAAGCAAAACGUUGUGCUAAAAAAACCUGAAGAUAUUCUGAUACACAUCAAAGACAUAAAUGAGAAAAACGAAACUUUAAAAGAUGAAAACAAACUCCUCCACGGAUACAUUAAAAGUUUAAACGAGAACUUAAACACUCACCCGAACUGGGAAGAUCAGGUAAAACUGCAAGACAGUUUAUUGGAAUGUCAAAAACAGCGAGACGCUUUUAAAUCGGAUCUGGGAGAGGCAAAAGAUGCGCUAGAAGCGCAGACAUCGGAACUAUUAACGGCGAAAGAAAUGCUAAACAGACGGACAUUAAAAUUAACAGAAACAAUAGAAAUGCUUGAGAAUAUGAAAUCGGAACUAUCGCAGGCGAAAGAAAUGCUAAAAAAAACGGAAUCGAAAAAUGAUACGUUGUUUGACCAGAUUUUCACUUUGAAAGAUGAAAAUAAAAAAUUAAGUGAUAAAUAUAAUGACGUCUUAACCGAGAAAAGACAGGUUGAAAAAGAACUGCAGUAUGUUUUGCAUGAACGGGAAAGAAUAAUGAGUGACAUUGAUGGAAACACACUUCCAGCUAAUGAAACGCCUAACAUGCCUGUGGAAAGUUAUGAAAGAUUCGACAAGAUCAGACCACCAUUUAAAGUCAACUCCUGCUCAAGCUUUUGUCAAUUCACAAACACGCCACCCAAUAAUUCUUCGGCGUCGACGCUUCCUAGAAAAAAUUUCAAAGAUGGUCGUUCCCAAUCGAUUGAUAGUGGUUUAACAGAUUUAGCAGAAAAUAAGCCUCCUCCUUACACGAGGGCUAUGAGGGCUGACAGUGACAUCGAAAAGAAGUCCAGCUACGUUGAUAGUAUGGAAUCACAUAGCAGGAGAGAAGUUACUUUGACCAAACAAAAUAAUGGUUUGGGCUUAGAAAUUAUUGGCGGAAACAAAGUUGGGAUUCUGAUAUCAAAAGUAAAACCAUCGUCGGCUGCAAGUAAUUGUGGUUUGGUGAAAGGCAUGAGAAUCCUAAAGGUUAACGGAAUCGAUUUGGAGAAUAUUGCAUUCUGCUAUGUGCACGAACUUUUUAAGAAAUUCGAAAAAGGAAACCAUGUCACAUUCAUCGUACAAAACAUGCCAUAUGAUGAAUAUGAAAGACUGCUGGAAAAAAAACCUUAUGACUAUUUUCAUAUACGAACGAUCAAGAAAUACAUAGCGAAAGACGCAGAUGAGUUGUCGUUCCAACCUGGCGAGACUCUCUGUAUAACUAGCACAUAUGUGGUGACGGAAAACAAAAAGUCGUACAAGUGGAAAGCCACCAAGCCUCAUGUUGUUGACACUUAUCAAACAUCUGGUAAUAUACCACGACAGUUGAGCUCUCGUUCACCCAGCUCCAUAGAAGAUCACGAUUACGAAAAUAUUGACCGAAUAAUGGAGACAAACAAUCAAAAAUACGUCGGUAAAUUUUACUUGAUCCUGGAUCCAGUGGGUGAGCAACUGGUAUGAUGAUGAUUAGAUAAUUCAUAAUGGUAGACUGACCGUGUUAGACCAUAUUACUCACAUUCACACACAGAGGGACGAAAACGAUUUGCUUGAUUCAAAGAUUUAAACCAAAAGAAAUCAUGAAUAAUCAAGAAAUCACAAAUCCAAGAAAUAGACUAAAGGUUGGACCCAAUAGUCCAAAAUUAGAAAAAUAUAUAUUUUUUACAAUAGGUAAAAAAUUAUUUUAAGGGGCAAAUUUUAUGAAUGCUGGCUGGAUUCCAGCAGUUUUUAAAAUUAAAUUCACGUAUAAAUAAAAAGGCCUGUUUUUCCAACUAUCCUUUCCGUUUUAUCAAGAAGUGCAUUUACUUUGUACUUGUAUGCCAUAAUAGGUUUCAUUGCUUCCGAUAUCAUACUUUGAAAGCAUCCGAUUUCCGAUAUGAGACUUUGCAAACAUCCGAUUUCUGAUAUGUUACUUUGCAAACAUCUAUUAUCCGAUAAAAUACUUCGUAAGGAUCCGAUUUCAGAUAUGUUACUUUGCAAACAUCUAUUAUCCGAUAAAAUACUUCGUAAGGAUCCGAUUUCUGAUUAUUAUCGAUGUAGAAAAAAAUUGUCUAACUGAACGAUUUUUAUUCGCUUUUGUAUAAUUUGUUUCGUACACUUCUUUAUAAGUGUAAAUGAUGAAGAAUUUAGUCAUAACCUUAUCUAUUUUUCAUACACGGGAAUAUUUUAACCUCGCUCCCAGGGCUUUUUUGCUCUCACUAACUCUGCGUUUCUUGAUAUUUUUAUAAUCCCUGAGAACAAGGUUGGAAAUAAAAAAUGGCGAUUUUACUGUAUUUAUUGAAUUUGUGCUAAAUUCGCAUUGUUUUAUUAUAUUUUUUUCUGUUAUUUUGUUUUUAUAAAUAAAAAUGUAACUAUUUUUUAAUAAAU